AUGCUGAACAGCGUGUUUGGGUGGGUCAUGAUUGGUCCCACCUUUCCUCAGAAUCCUGCAUCUCCGACCGAUUGCACCGCCGCGUCCACAAUCGUCUGCAUGGCAUCCCUGGAGGAGUCUCUCGAACGCUUUUGGAAGCUGGAAGAGUUAAGCGUCAAUGAUUCGUACUCACCUGAUGAGCGGCGAUGCGAAACAUUGUAUAAAGAAACCACUCAGCGCGACGAGUCGGGUCGCUAUAUUGUACGAUUGCCCAAACAGACCGACUUCACGGAAAAGCUUGGCCUGUCUAAAACUACCGCUUUGAGACGCUUCGAGCUGCUGGAGAGGAGGCUAGAACGCAACCCACAGCUCAAGGAAGACUAUCAUGCCUUCAUGAAGGAGUAUUUGGAGCUGAGGCACAUGUCGCUCAUGAACAAAGAUAGUGGGGAUGAACGGGCGUACUACCUACCGCACCAUCCCGUAUUUAAAGCCUCCAGUACCACCACGAAAGUAAGGGUCGUGUUCGACGGAUCUGCAAAGACAAGCACCGGUUAUUCCUUGAAUGACAUUCUAUGUGUUGGUCCAAUCGUGCAGGACGAGCUGCUUGAUAUUGUGUUGCGAUUCCGUACCUACCAAAUAUCACUUGUGGGAGAUAUAGCUAAAAUGUACCGACAAAUAUUGCUGCAUUCUGAUGAUCGUCGAUUGGUGCGCAUAUUUUUUCGAUUUUCGCCGCAAGCUCCGAUCCAAGUAUAUGAGCUCAACACCGUUACAUACGGACUAGCACCUUCCUCGUUUCUGGCUACACGCACACUUAUACAACUAGCAGAUGAUGAAGGGACUGAGUAUGCGCUUGCACCUGCAGCCCUGAAACGAAACUUUUACGUGGACGACUUCAUUGGUGGUGCCAAUAACGUUCGCGAAGCUGUUCAGCUGCGUAAGGAGUUAUCAGCGCUACUUGCCAAAGGUGGGUUUGAGUUGCGCAAGUGGACCUCAAACAAUCUGAGCGUACUCUCCGGCUUAAGCACCGAGUAUAUCGGCACACACUCAUCACUGCAUUUUAUACCCAACGAGACGGUCAAAGCACUCGGCAUCUCGUGGAAGCCUGAAUCGGAUGAGCUGUGUUUUGAAUCCAACACUGAGGCUGAUGAAGCCACGUCGACCAAGCGAUCUAUUUUGUCGAGCAUUGCCAAAAUGUACGAUCCGCUCGGAUUGAUAGCACCGGUGAUCGUGCGUGCUAAGAUGCUGAUGCAGGAGCUAUGGCUACUCAAAUCCGGCUGGGAUGAACCUGUUCCUAAUCACAUCUGUAAAAAAUGGAAGGCGAUUCAGAGCGACUGGAAAAUGUUAUCCGAGUACAGGACUAACCGUUACGCUCUCUUACCAGAUGCAACAGAUGAAUUUCGCACAUUUACCGAUGCUUCGGAGGCCGCCUACGGAGCAUGUGUCUACGCUCGUUGUGAAAACGCGGCGGGAGAAGUCCGCAUCAGCCUAUUAGCUUCGAAGUCUCGAGUGGCACCACUGAAGCGCGUCACGUUGCCGAGGCUUGAACUAAGCGCGGCUGUCCUGGGCGCCCAUCUGCAUUAUCGCAUCAAGGAGGCAAUGCAGAUCGUGUGCGCCGAAUCGUUUUUCUGGUCCGACUCAACAGUGACGCUAAAAUGGAUUGCGACACCUUCCAACUCCUGGAAGACGUUCUUGGCAAAUCGAGUAGCUGAGGUGCAACACUACUCUCAUCCAAGGCAAUGGAGGCACGUUCCUGGCACAUCCAAUCCUGCUGACUUGGUUUCCCGAGGCAUGUCGGCAGCACACUUCACGCAGAAUCAGCUUUGGAAUAAUGGUCCAGAUUGGCUUGUGCAACCUUCGUCCCAUUGGCCCAGCUCAGAUCCAGAACCAAGCGAUGAGGCGGACCUAGAAACACGCCAGAAUGGUACGCAUCAUUGCAUACUGCAUACGGUUUGUGCGCAACACCAAGCAGAAGGCGCGAUCCCAGCGACCGAUACCGCACACCAACGCAUCCAAGACGAUCACGCCCAAAAGAAGUAA